AUGGACCUUAGCACUCUACGAGAAUCCGGGAGGAAGGAAACAGUGGAGGCAUCAUGCACAUCUACAUCGCCCAGAAGGGUGUCGCCAAGUGGGAGGAUAGCAUUGCGACUUAUUUCGCCACAGGGUCGCUUGAGCACCGAUGGAGAUAGCAGCAAACUUUUGAAGCCCGUUCAAGAUUCCAACUCACCCCAAAGGUUCAGACGGAGUAUGGAUGAGAAAUCGACACCGAAAAAGGUGGCACGGAACCGGGGGUACCGGCAGUUGGUGCACUCCACAUGGCAUGGGGCAUUCGAUGGAACGUCACUACUCAGUGACCUCGCUGUGAACUUGAAAAGUAUCGAUAAUCUAGAUACGGCGAUUGUACACAGCAGCAAUAGUGACAAUGCGGAGGUGGUGACGGCAUGCUCCACCAUGAGCACGCCAACGAAAUGCGUGGAAUACAGUCAGUUCUCACCGCCAAUGGUCACACCUGCUAGAUCAUGUCCCCUGGAAACUCGCUUCAAACGCCAAUACAACAUGCAAUCGAAGUUGCCAAGUCCCGCCCACAGCAUCGCAAGGGAGGAGGCACCCUUCCUCGAUUGCGAAUCGCAUAAGGAGGUGGAAGAGUUCGUAUCCCCAAUUUCGGUGGAUAUUGGUGAAUCUAAUGGUGUGCAUGAACCUAUUGAAAUACGUCACAUUCUGGAGCGAUACUACUCCAACCAACCCCGUAUAGGGAUAGACGAGGAUGGCACAUCACAGGACGACUUAUCGUCGGGUGACCGAGAGCAAUCGAAUAAGCCAGCUGACUCUGCGGAGAAUAUCAAGGUUGUGGUUCGCGUUCGACCAAUUAAUGAUAAUGGCAUCCCGGCCAUUCGGCUAGUGAAUAAUGUUGUAGAGGUGCACAAACCAGGCAACGUCAAUAGCGUCCUGGAAUCACAGAAGCCGAAGGUUCGCCGUUACGGUUUUGACAACGCGUUCGAUGGGAACGCUUCGCAACAGGAUAUUUACGAGGCGACAGCAAAAGACCUGGUGCCUAGAGUAUUCGAGGGCAUUAACGGGACCGUCUUCGCCUACGGAUGUACCAGUGCAGGAAAGACGUACACUAUGAUAGGAGAUGACAAAGAGGAAGGUAUUGUGCAGUUGUCGCUGAAGAGCCUGUUCCAACUCAAGCAAGAACUGUACCCCGAUGCGCUCGUGCAUUUCUCGUUCAUGCAAGUGUACAACGAGUGUGUAUUCGACCUGCUGACGACGAGCAAUAGGCCAUUGGAUGUCCAAGAGGAUAACGGUGAUGUUCGCGUCCCGCUGCUCACCGUGACCAGAGUGGAUGACUGCGACAGCGUCCUCGUGCUUUUGGCUAAGGGCAUAAAAGCAAGGAAAAUGGCGAUGACGGACGCGAACCGCCAAUCGAGCAGGUCCCACGCGAUCAUGCAGAUCACCGUGAGCACACAGCACACCACGGCAAGGCUCUCAUUCGUCGACUUGGCAGGAUCCGAGCGUGCUGGGGAAGGCGAGGCACGCGCUGAACGACUUAAGGAAAGCUCUUACAUCAACCAGUCGCUGCUGGCUCUGGCAAACUGCAUCAGCAGCCUCGCGGAUACAACGUCGAGAAAGGCGAGGAUAAAGUACCGCGAUAGCAAACUCACGUUACUGCUGAAGAAUGCGCUCUUUAACAACGCCGCAGUUGUCAUGAUCACUGCCAUACACCCCGGCUUGCAGUUCAUGUGCGAAAGCUCAAACAGCCUCAAGUAUGCCCAGCGCGCGAAGGAGGUGAAGGUGGCGCUUGAAGCGCCAAGCGCCGAGGCUGAAGAGACCGAUUAUGCCGCGGCGCUCAAAGAGGCAUACGCUGCAAUUGCGCAUAUUGGACAAAUAUUGCCGGAAUCGGUGCACAACGCCGUGGUAAAGUCACUGCGGGCGUCCCCUCUGUCUGGCAAACACGCCUUCGUGAGCCUGCUAAAAACCCUGCGCAAGCACUCCCAUGACGCACAUUCGUAA